AAUCCGCAGAUGAAUGGAUGUGGUGAAAGUAUUCCAAUCAAGAAAACCAUUGGGAAGGAGGUUGCCGAGAGGCUUUUCACCUUAAUGGACAUCCUGCCGGGUGUGUCCUCGCAAAGAAAAACCAUUACAAAUACGAUCUCCGACGAGCUCUCCAUUGGGGAAUUGCUGGACUCCACCAGCAUCAGCUACUUGGCAGCUAAGACGGAGCUGGAAGGGCCGCUGUCUUCUGUAGGGUGGAGUAGAAAAAGGACGCCCGCUGCAGCAUCAGCGGAACAACCCCGAUCCCAACCCGGCUCCCACUCUCAUAAGGCUCAUAUGGCAUAUUGGUAA